AGAGAGAGAGAGAGAGAGAGAGAGAGAGAGAGAGAGAGAGAGAGAGGGGAGUCCCAGAAAACUACAGAGCAGCCAGGGAGACAGCUUGGAGUCCAUGCGAUCAGGCAUCUUGAUGACCAUCAUGGCUGUGUAUCUGAGUCUCCUCUUGCUGGCUCUCAGUGUCCUUGGACAGGAGCUCCCAUCAGGCACUCAUAUGUGCACGGAGGGAAGCUGCUAUCCUGCGACAGGAAACCUUCUGAUUGGACGGGCUGUCAAUCUUACUGCCACAUCCACAUGCGGUCUGAGAGGACCAGAGCACUACUGCAUUGUUAGUCAUCUGCAGGAGUCAGAUAAGUGUUUCACGUGUAACUCCCAGCAUCGCUAUGACCCUGACCACCACAGAAACAGUCACCGCAUCGAAAAUGUGAUCUACCCCACAGACAACAGGGGAGACAACACCUGGUGGCAGUCUGUCAAUGGAAAAGAGACUGUCAGCAUCAGACUGAACCUGGAGGCUGAAUUCCACUUCACACAUCUCAUUAUGAGGUUCAAGACGUUCCGACCUGCAGCUAUGAUCAUCGAACGCUCAGCUGAUUUUGGACGCACAUGGCGCCCCUACCGCUACUUUGCCUCAAACUGUACCAAAACCUUCCCUGGCAUCCCCGCCAGUGGUCUGCACCACAUCAGCGACAUCAUCUGCGAGGAACGUUACUCUGACAUCGAACCCUCGACUAAUGGAGAGGUUAUUUUUAAAGUUUUGGAUCCUGCCAUUCAUGUGAAAGACCCCUACAGCUUGGACAUUCAAGAACUUCUGCGCAUCACGAACUUGCGUAUCAACUUAACCAAGCUUAAUACUCUGGGAGACGACCUGCUGGACCGACGCUCUGACGUCCUACAGAAAUAUUACUAUGCCCUCUACGAGCUGGUCGUCAGAGGGAGCUGCUUCUGUUAUGGACAUGCUUCAGAAUGCGCCCCAGUGCCAGGAGUCGAUACCCGGGAAAAUGGCAUGAUCCACGGUCGUUGUGUAUGCAAACAUAACACCGAGGGCCUGAACUGCGAACGCUGCCGGGAUUUCCACAGCGACCUGCCCUGGAGACCAGCGGAGCUGGAGAACCCACACACCUGCAGAGAGUGUAACUGUAACGGCCACUCGAACCAGUGUCACUUUGACAUGGCGGUAUAUUUGGCCACGGGCAACAUCAGCGGGGGAGUGUGUGACGACUGUGUGCACAAUACCAUGGGACGUAACUGUGAGAUGUGUAAACCCUUCUACUAUCAAGACCCUAAUAGAGGUAUUAGGGACCCACGGGUUUGUGUUGCCUGUGACUGUGACCCGGUGGGAUCUUUGGAGGGAGGAGUGUGUGACAGUCACACCGACCCGGCCAUGGGAAUGAUUACAGGACAGUGUCGCUGCAAAGCCAAUGUCAAAGGGAUGCGCUGUGACACCUGCAAGGAGAGUUACUACGGACUUAGCCAGAACGACCCACUGGGUUGUCAGCCUUGCAACUGUGACCCACGUGGCAUCAUUAUGACGGACACUCCUUGUGAUCAGAUUAGUGGGGACUGCUCCUGCAAAAGAUACGUCACUGGUCGAUACUGCAACCAGUGUCUGCCUGAGUACUGGGGGCUCAGCAACGACCUGGCCGGCUGCAGACCGUGUGACUGUGACUUUGGUGGAGCCCUCAACAACAGGUGCAUGAUGCAGAAUGGCCAGUGUGAUUGCAGGAUGCAUCUGAUUGGUCGACAGUGUUCAGAGGUGCAGCCUGGGUAUUUCUGUGCGCCGCUGGACUACUACAAAUACGAAGCUGAAGAUGCCACUGGACACUCCCCCACUGAUCCUGCCCUGCCGGGCAAAGUUCGUCCUAAGGCAGACACUGACUGUGUUGAGCACCUCAACAACCAGCUAAGGAGGCACCGGCGUCACCGUCGCGUUACCAGCCCACAGCAGCAUCAUGCAGCGCUGACACGUAUCCACGAGCUUCGACAGACGCCGGAUGUGACGGUUGUUCACAGGGAUCACACUGACAGCCACAUGGUGACAUGGACAGGAUCAGGUUUUUCCCGCGUCAAAGAUGGUGCCGGCCUGGUGUUCACAAUCGACAACAUCCCCUACGCCAUGGAGUAUGACAUCAUGAUCCGCUAUGAGCCAGAGUCCACAGAGGACUGGGAGGCCAUAGUUAGCAUUACCUCUGUGCUGCUGCCCUCCAGUCUGCGGUGUGGAAACCUCUUGCCUACUGAACAGCUAUACACAGUGACCAUGCUGCACCACAACAGAUACAUCCAGAUGCCCAGGCCGUUCUGUUUCGAGCCCAGUAAUCGUUAUGUGGUUGCUAUUAGGUUCCAGCGUCAUGGGGUCUCACACCGACAUCUCACUGCCUACAUUCUAAUUGACUCGCUGGUUCUGAUCCCCAAAUACAUUGAACUUCCCGGUUUCCGAGGUAACGAGCCGGAGGCAGAGCAGCGGCGUGAUGAGAUGAUUCGCUACUCAUGUCUGGAUUCUUUCAUGAUCACGCUGACGCCCACCCUGGCUGAGAUAUGUUCCAAACUCAUCUGCAGUAUUUCAUCCAUCAUUCAUGAUGGUGCUCUGCCUUGUCAGUGCGAUCCUCAAGGUUCCCUCAGUGGUGACUGUGAAAAGGUUGGAGGCCAGUGUCGAUGUAAACCCAAUGUCAUUGGUCAACACUGUGACCAGUGUGCCCCAGGAACCUACGGCUUUGGAGUGAAUGGUUGUGCUGCCUGUGACUGCCACUCCGAGGGUUCGCUGAGCCACCAGUGUGACCCAGUGACAGGCCGGUGCCAGUGCAGGCAGGGAGCCACUGGGCGUAGGUGCUCGGACUGCCAGCCGGGCCAAUGGGGCUUCCCCAGCUGUAGCCCCUGUCAGUGUAACGGCCACACAGACAUCUGUGACCCCCGCACUGGGGAAUGUAGAGACUGCAGGGACUACACCACAGGACACAAUUGUGAAAUCUGUGUAAAUGGGUUCUUUGGAAACCCGGUGCUUGGCUCAGGGGAACACUGUCGUCCUUGCCCCUGCCCUGGAAACCCCGGCUCAGAUCACUUUAACGGGCACUCAUGCUACGCUGACCACACCUCUAACCAGAUCAUCUGUAACUGCAGACAAGGCUUCACUGGGCCCCGCUGUGACCUUUGUGCCCCUGGUUACUAUGGCAACCCAGCGCAACCCGGUGGGCAGUGUUUGCCGUGUGAGUGCAACGGCAACAUUGACACCCAGGACCCUGAGUCGUGUGAUCCCAGGAUUGGCCGAUGCCUCAAGUGCCUGUACCACACUGAUGGCCCGUCAUGUGCCCACUGUCAACAUGGUUACUAUGGCAAUGCUCUGGCUCACAACUGCAGACGCUGUACCUGUGUGACUGCUGGCACCAUCCAGUCCGCUUGCAGUGAUGGACUGUGUCACUGUGACCGGCAGCCAGGGUGUGAUGAGUGUGCUGCAAACCACUGGAACUACGGUCAGGACCAAGGCUGUGAGCCCUGUAACUGCAACCCACAAUAUGCCCUGGGAAAUCACUGCAACAUGUUCACAGGCCAGUGCCACUGUCGUCCAGGCUUUGGAGGCAAACAGUGCACAGAGUGUCAGCAGUUCUACUGGGGAGACCCUCAGGUGCAGUGUCAAGAGUGUAACUGCCACCCUCUGGGCUCAGAAAUGGCCCAGUGUGACCGAGUAACAGGGGUGUGCGAGUGCCGGGAGGGAAUAGUGGGGAAAUAUUGUGAUGAAUGUGCUCGCGGUUUCACUGGCGUUUUCCCCAAGUGUGUCCAGUGCCACCCGUGCUUCCAGCUGUGGGACGACAUAGUGUGCCAGAUCAAAAGAGACCUGGACCACAUCCAGUACAUUGUGCAGAAAAUAACGGAGAGUGGGGUCACAACGGAAAUCAAGGACACGCGCAUCAAAGAGCUGGAGACGAAGCUGAAACAAGUGCAGGAUCUGAUCAGUACGAAGGACAGCAAUAGGAUCCACGAGCUAAUUGGACAGAGCAUCGAUGACCUCAGGGCUGAGAUUGCCCUGACCGACGGACGUCUGAUGGGCAUCGCCCGAGAGCUAAAUACAACAGCAGAAGAUGACAAGGAACUGAGAUUCACGUUAAAUGACAUGGGGAGAGAACUGAGGGACAUCAACAGCACUUUGGCUAAAAAAAAACAGCUGCUGGAUGACUACCGCACCUCAGGGUUUGCAGAUCAGUUCAAGAAAGUGAAAAUGUACUAUCAGGAGUCAGUGCAGGCUGCGGAGAAAUGCAAUGCCUCAGUGAGCGGUCCUCUCAGUCCGGUGGAACAGUCCAGAGAAACCCGCACUCUCACUGAAGGCCUGCUGGAUGCCAGUAAAGACAAGUUCCUCCGUGCUCUCGCUGCUCAGAACAAAUCAUUAACAGAUCUGGAGCAGAAAACCCAUGACCUGAAUAAGACGGUCCAUGACCUCAGUGACAAGGUAUGUGGUGGUCAUGCUGAUACCAGCGUUAAUGGCAGCUGUCCAGACAGCCAAUGUGGCGGUGCAGGUUGCCGUGACGAUAAGGGCAAUCAUGUGUGUGGAGGAGAAGGAUGCGAUGGGACAGUGAGCACUUCUGUAGAAGCACUGAAUCAUGCCAAGAAUGUCAGCAGCAGUCUGAGCACUGCCAGUGAGGAGCUGCAGGGCGUCGCAAGAAAGCUCCGGGACAUAGCCUCACUGACACAGGAUGCGAAGAAUCAGGCAAUGAAUGCGCUGGAGAAAGCCCAGAAGAACAAGGACGACUUUGAGAAGAACAACAAGGAGCUCAAAGAUUUUAUUAAGAAGAUCAGAGACUUUCUUACUGAGGAGGGAGCAGAUCCAGAGAGCAUAGAAAAGGUGGCUCUGCAGGUGCUGUCGAUAACGCUGCCGGUCAACAGGACCACUCUGGACAAAAUGAUCAUGCAAAUAAAGGACAGCCUUUCCAACCUCACCAGCACUGAGGAAAUCAUCAAACAAACCUCAGAGCACAUCAACAUUGUCAAGGAGCUGCUCAACAAAGCCAAAGAUGCCAAGAGCCGAGCAGAGGAAGUCAAGGACACAGCCAAUAAUACCAAGCAGCUGUUGGAUGAGUCUGAGAAGGCCGUAGAGAAAGCAAGAAGAGCUCUAAAUGAGGCUCUCAACAACCUGAACAGCACAAGUAACACUGCUGCUGAGGUUGAUAAGAGGCUGACGCAGCUGGAGGAUAAACAGAUGGAUGCCAUGAUGCGUUUGAGCCGCCUCUCCAUGGGAGUGGAAGCUCUGAGGAACAAGACGGAGCAGAACAGAGAGAUGGCAAAGGACGCCCAAGCACUGGCAAACAACGCCACUCAACUUGCAUCCUCACUGGAGCAAAGCCUCAACGACACAGAGGAACGCUACCGUGAGCUGCAGAUGAAGGUGGACUCUCUAGGUGGGAAUGGAGGUCUGAACGACAUUAACCAGAAGGCCAUGGAUAUGAAGAAGGAGGCAGAAUACCUCCUCGAAAAGGCCAAGAAUGGGACGCAAGAACUCGAGAGGCUGGAGCAGAAGCUCAAGCAAAAUGAGCAGCGGAUGCUGGAACAGCAAAUGGAGCUGGACGGGCUGAAGGAAAACGUUACUGUGAUACGUGAUAAGAUCCGGGAACAAGUGCAAAAGUACAGUAACUGUCUGUAACCGUGGGGAAGUUACAGUUACCAGUUUGCUGCUGUAGUCCAGAGGUGACGGGUAUUGAGACUGGAACAGAAAACUACAUCAUCCAAGAAAAUAAAAGGUACCUCCAUUCUUCCACUGGUGUUUCAAGUUUUACACAUUACCUGUCAAGUGUUAUCAGAGAAAUGUCUUCCUCUGUCCAUGUACUGUACCACUUUUUGGCUUCUCCUUAACACUAAACUGUGGUGUUUGUAUCUUUAAGCUACUGCAACAAGUGGAUGACCUGUGUUUGUUUCAUUUUAUAGGCCAUGACAAUUGAUUUCAUAGCAAAUAUGUCAUCAGAAAUGUCGCUUUUACCAAAAGUGCUUUUGAUAUUUUGUGUUUUUGCUGUAAUUGGACUAUGAUCAUAUGACAUUUACAUUAUGACAUUUAAUUAAGAAAAAUGUGAUAGCAUUUAAUUUUUGAUAUUAAAUUAUUUUCAUUACAAUACAAAGUCUUGAUUAAAUACAUAUAAAAACAUUCACAAGUAUCCUUGUAAGCAAACCUAAUUUUGAGGUGUGAUGA